AUGCCCCGUGCCGAUCGACUCAACUUACGCCACGCAGCCCUUCCUCCGGUCACUCAAUUGCAGUCGGUUCAGAUGAACACCCGUUCAUUGUCCAAGUUUCCGAAGCACCUGUUGACACAGCGUUCAAAGAUCACCGGAUCCUUUCGACAACUGGCUCUUAACUUAUACGAUUCAUGGUCCACCACACAGUUCGGACUGGCGAACCUCGUACCUGCAUAUGAGGGCUUGCAAGAGCUUUUAGUCCUCGGAUGCCGGUCAAGUGAUGUUCAGGACAUCUGGCGAAUCAUCCGUGGCUCACGCGAUGGCUUGUUAUAUUUGGAGAUAUUUCUUGCGAGUCCCAGAAUUGCUGACAUUACUGAAGUUGCCAUCUGGGAGACAUUGCCUAUCGACGAGCUUCCUGCCUUACGACGACUGAGCCUCUCAUUGCCAUAUUUCUUGUCCAACAACGCGCACCACCAGUUAUUUGACUGGCGGUUUCUUCUUGCCAUGGCAACUCGUCUGCGUCACAACCUACCCUGUGUUCGCAUCGAAUUAUUUGCUUCAUCUGGGUGGGCGGAUGCCUUUCCGCAUGCGAUAAUUGCGAACACAGUUGCCAGCCUCCCUUGGUGCACAUUUUUCAACCACGUGUUCGCUGCACAAAUACCUCACGUACGGCUGACACUCGCAGUGUACCAAGGUGAAGAACGCGUUUCAUGGACAACACUGACACAGAAUGCAGUCAUGGCGUAUCUUCACCCGGUCAUCGUCAAUGCCAUCCGAAUCGAGUUUGAUGACAGGGACAUGUACUAA